AUGGCGAGUAGGCGCGGCAAGACGUUGCUGCGCCGAAUAUUUCGGCGGAUCGCCAUCAGGGUCAUCCGCGGUUACCGGACGGUGUCACAUGCGGCGGCCUCUGUUCUGGCGGAAUUGCCGCCCAUCGAGCUGUACGCCCAAAUGUACGCCGAGGUGUACAGGCGUACAAAAGAGCUCGAUGGGCUAGGCGUAGUACUGAUCCCGCGGGUCAGGGCUGCCGUGAGGCUCCAGGCUCGGCGACGUAUGCUGGAGAGGUGGAUAGAAGACCUCUCCAAUCCCCGAAAUAACUCGGGGAGACGCGUCGUCAAAGCCAUCCGCCCCCGAUUAAUCAAAUGGGUGGAAAGGGCGGAUGGCGAGAUGUCAUACCGUGUGGCACAGGUAUUUACGAGUCAUGGGUGUUUUGGCUCGUACCUGUGCCGCAUCGGGCGCGAGAUGGACGCACGCUACCAUCAUUGUGGUAGGGGCGAGGACACGGCGCAGCACACGCUGGAAGACUAUCCAGCGUGGGCGAACGAGCGCCGUGCCCUCGUCCAACAGUUGAGGAGUGACGACCUCUCGCUCUCGAGCGUCAUUACGACGAUGCUCGAGGGCGAGGAGUCCUAA